GGAGUCAAACUAUAAGCACCAAAUAACCCAAUAUCAGACUUGCACCUCAUAUACUCUUGUUUCCAUGUGAGUUGUGCUGUGACUUUUGAAUGCUAUUUAUCAAUUCCAAAAAAUGAUUUUCGAGCCAACUGCAGAACAAUUUCCAAGUCGCCUCCACGAAUAAAUGAUUGAAAAGGAUACACAGAACAGUCGUCUCGAUUUAACCAACGUGGCUCCGCCUGCCACAUGGACGGCUCUAUACGAACUGGCUCUAGCGGGGUCACUGGCAGCGAUAGGAGUGGUAUGAGCAGGGCAGAAAGAUUCGAAGAUGAGAAGAGACGAAUUAUCGAAAGCUGUUUUGGGAAAAAGGAUCCAGAUGGCUCCUUAUUGGAAUCAUACAUCACACACAUUAGAAUCAUCGAGGAUGCUGCCUAUCCCUCUACACCCCCUCCUUUAAACGCAAAUCCAGAUGCCAAAAAGCCUCGUCUUAUAAUUGUUGCAGUGCGCAAAUCUGGACGAGUCCGCAUGCACAAAGCUAGAGAGAAUGCGAACGGGAGCUUUUCAAUAGGCAAAACUUGGAUGCUCGAUGAUCUAUCUGCGGUAGAGUCUUUCAGUGGAGCAGUGCCCGCGAACGCUGAGGAAGAGCAACGCAAGCAAUGGGCCGGCGGAAUGGGAUUUAUUGUAACAAUUGGAAAGCCCUAUUAUUGGCAAGCCAAUACUCAAAAAGAAAAGCAAUUCUUCAUCGCAAGCUUGGUCAAGAUUUACACGAAAUAUACUGGUGGAAAGGCGCCAGAACUUAUUGGGUUCGACUCUAGGGAAAGGGAACAAUUGUCUGGUAUUUCCUCUGCUGCACGACCACAACAACCUCCCCCCCAAGAGAUGCGGCGGCCCUCACAACCCCAGCAACCAUCCUCUUCCGCAUCUUCUCCUUAUGAACAGAAUCAAAGUCGACCGUUCAAGCGCGAACCAUCCCGAGAGCCUGUACUUCGUAGCCAACCUAGCCGAGAUGCUAUGCAACGCCCACCAGGUCAAAUGCCGCCCAAUGCUGGUCCAGCUUUUCCACAACAAAAUUCCAGACCUCCUAUGCGACCACAGCGCGAUGUUUCGCCGAACCCCAGUGCUAAGCUACCUGGUGUUACACCUAAGCAGAGUCAAGCAAGUCUUCGUAGAUUGGAGGGGGCUAAUCCAAGCCAGGAAUCUUUUGGGCGCAGUGACGACAGCAGCAGCUUACCACCUCGCUCACGCGGCGGUACCAAUGGGUUACCUAACGCACCUGGUCGCUUCCCUGAUAGAAGUGUAACGCCAAACUCCCAACGCGGUCCUCCUGAUGCUGGAUUUCCGAGCCCGAAACGAGACAGGUCAGCGGAUGCGCCGCCAAUGCCUGCUCCACUAACGAUACCACCGGAGAGACGUCGGCCGCCGAUGCCAAAUAUUGGAGAUGCAUCUCGGUUGCGUGGUGCAGAUUCAAUGGAUAAUAUCGUGCCGGCGCCAUUAGCUAGUCCUGGUAUGCGGAGAGAUGAUAUGCGCCCUCCUACCCGGAGUAGCGAACGAUCGAUACCUCGCGAACGAGAUACCAAUGGAAAUGGUAGCAUAGAUAGCAAGCUUACAGAGCCAGCAGCAUUGGAAAUACCCCGCGAUGAUAUGGGAGACAGCAGCAAGAAUGAGCCUCCGCCAGUUCCUAAACCUGCGCCAGCUGUGACUUCUCCCGUCUCUCCUAUUGCUUCACCUACUAGCCCCAUUUCACCAUCAGCAGAGGAUCAAGAGGAUGAGGAACUGCGCCCAGGCCUAGGACCAAUGAUCAAAAAGAAAUCUAAGGGUGACAUUGCUACUACCUUCCUCAGGGCUGCUAAAAAUGCAAACGGAUUUAAGCCUCGUGCUGGUGGUGCUGCCGAACGUCUUAGAGAAGCAGCGCUGGCAGCGAAAUCUCCAAACGGCCCUGAUGGCAUAACCGGUGUGGUCCCAGCACCUUCCUUGCUCCGGGCAUUAAGUAGUGAUAGUGCAACUACAGUCAAUGCUACCCCUGCUACUGUGCCUGCUACUGUACCUGCUGCUGUGCCUGCUGCUAUGCCCGAAGUCCUAUCUCCUCCAGUUGAAGCCCUUCCAGAGAAGUCAGCGGCACGUAAAGCUAAUCCUGAGGUUGUUCCAGAAGUCAAGAUCACAGUCCCUGAUAAGGAUAUACCUGGUACUGUUGAAGGUCCUCCAAAGACAUCCGACCCAGGAUCACUCGACAAGCCGAAGGCUCGCGAACCUAGACGACCAAAAUCUGCUUCCGAGGCAAUGCAGAAAGAGUUAGCGUCUUUGGGUAUUGACCCAAGUUUCUUGGAUGGUCGAGGCUCUGAUCUUGUCAAUGCUUGGGAUGAGUUUGGAUGGGUAGGAGAAGGUGUUCAUACAAAAGUUAUCGAUACUUUGAAAGAUGAUGUUGAGCGAGAGCUCAACAAGGUUCAAGCUGGAGGCUGGCUAAACCGAUUAGAAGAGGAGGAUGAGCGAGUUGAAGCGAUCAAAAGAGGACUGGAUACGUGUAUGGAUGAAUGUGACGAACUUGAUGGUUUGCUCACAUUGUAUCUUGUGGAGCUUGGCACGCUCAACGAGGAUAUCGCCUACAUCGAAGCCCAGUCACAAGGUCUGCAAGUACAAACAGCCAAUCAAAAGCUCUUGCAGGUUGAGCUUCAAUCUUUAUUGGAUACGAUAUCGAUUUCAUCAUCACAGCUUGAUUGCCUCAAGACAGCAUCGCUAGAGCGACCUCAUGAUCUCGAGUCGAUCGAAAAAUCCUUGGUUGUAUUGUUCAAAGCUAUGGUCACUAUUGAUCCCUCACUCAGUAUUUCUGGUCCUAGAAGAAGCGAAGAUGGUAGUGUUCGUUCUGGGAAAACUGGAGGUUUCGGCAAUAGCGAAAUCGGAAGCAUGCGAGUCCUACAAGAGAAAAAAGAUGUAUACCGAGUUACGAGCGUUGAAUUUCUUCAACGUUUAUAUUCCUUCUUGCAAAUGAAAUUCCGCGCUGCAAUCGACGAAACGAGGAAAGCUUUAGACCGAGAAAAGGGUGGCAAUAUCACCAGAGCAGCCGGAAAGGGAAAACUUGAUCCACGCCAUCACGAUCUUUCCAGAAAUAUACUUUGGAGAUACAGUCCACUGAUGUUAUUCGCUAGAGAAGUUGCCCCUGAUGAAUGGGAGAGGUUUUUGCUGGAUUACGAGUCUUCAUGCAAACCUUUGUACCAGGACGAGUUCAGGGACGCUGUUUUUGCCUGGAAGCGGGUCGCUAGGAAAGCACAUGGGGAUGAAUCUGACAUUUUGUUCACAUCACAAACCGAAAAACAGACCGAAGGCCUCGCAACCACGACAGCCAGAAAACUGACUGUAAAGAGGAGUCAGACAUUAGCAAAAAUACGAUCUCCAAUUGGCGAUGGAGGCAACAAAUCCAGCUCAGAUAAGGCAGAUGGUCGACUACCUCCAAAUGAGGUAUUUACGGGAGCUCUAGAUGAAAUGAUUCCAAUCAUGAGCAUGGAGCAAAAUUUUAUCGUAGAAUUUUUCCACAUCACAUCACUAGAGCAACACGAUUUUGCAGAUUCCAUCGCUGCUGCACCACCAGACUUGCGACGAGGCGGUGACUUGAGGAGGCCGAAAGUUAUGGACCCGAACCGGAUCUUGGCAAAACGUGUCGUACAAACCAUGGAAGAGAUUUACGCUUUCUGGGCUGGCGAUAUGCAAGCACUCGUAGACUGGUCCCUUCAAUCUGAUCCAUUGCAAGGUGUCGGAAUACUCGUUUCAAUUGAGCGCAAGCUUGUUGACCUCGAGGAAUCUAGCCAGGAAUACCUGGCACGCACACUUCAAAAACUGCAUGCUCGUUUGCUGGGUCUAUUCAACAAAUUUCUCGAUGAGCAAAUACGUGCCAUUGAAGACACCAAAGUCAAAAUAAAGAAGCGAAAGGGUGUUAUUGGCUUCAUAAGGAUAUUUCCUUCAUUCUCGCUAGCGAUAGAAACGAUGCUAAUGUCCGCUGAUGGUCUCGAAGUUCGACAAAUCGUAAACAAUGCAUAUUCGCGAUUGAACAAAACCAUGUUUGAGUCUCUAAAAGUCAUCGCAAGAGAGAACCCAAGUGCCCAAACUGCAGGUGCAGAUCCGGAAGACAAGGAAGCCCUCAAUUAUCAGAUUCUACUCAUCGAAAAUAUGAACCACUACCUUGAAGAAGUGGAUGUCCGCUCCAAUCCUGUACUUGAAGAAUGGCGAGAAAAUGCUAGCCAAGAGAUGGAUGAACAUAUGACAUUGUAUCUUGGUGCUGUGAUUCGAAGACCUUUAGGAAAGCUUCUCGAUUUCUUAGAAAGCACUGAGAGUCUUAUGCUUUCAAGACAACCUGGUGAAUCGGCGUCGAGAAUUUCGGCAAUGCCUAGUCACUCCAAAUCAACUUUCAAGAAAAUCCUUGCUGGUUAUGACGCUAAGGAAAUUAGAAAAGGUAUUGAAACUCUCAAGAAGCGAGUCGAAAAACAUUUCGGCGAUGCGGAUGAUCCAGGACUCAGUCGAGAGCUUGUCAUUAAGGUGCACCAGCAAUGCGAGAGGUUGUACGAAAGAGUAGACGACAGAAUUUUGACAAUCAGCAGAGAUGUUUACGAUGGAGAAAUUAUUGCUGAAUGGACUAGAGCCGAUAUCUCUACAGCAUUUAGAAAGUAGGUGUCGUUACGAAGGGAUCGAAAUUCUUCUAUUCUAAUUUCAUCGAAUAUAAAAUUUCAGUGGGAUACAAUAUGAGCGAAACAUAUGAUUAAAAUGGGCGUUUCGAGGAGGGUGCAGGUAGUCAUUACCGUGGCCGCAACAAACCUUGUAAUUCUAGGGGAUAUACCAUGAGCUUGAAGAAUGAAGAGCAAAAAUAAUCAAUUUUCAAUAGCUGGCUAGAUUGCUGUUUACCCA